AUGCAUUUUACUGAAAUUAUUUUUUGUUAUUAUUCCCUUUAUAGGACUGGUUCCCAAUUAUACUUGUGUGUGAAGACAAAUUCAAGUUCUUUUUUGGAUCGUUCUUCAUUUCCUUUAGCUCUGGAACAGAAAAAAAAUCAAGCAAGUACAAGCAACGGUUUUUCUGUCACUCUGGAAAAUCUCAGGGUUCCUCUGGCUAUAACUACCAGUUUAACAAGUAAUCAACUAAAAGAAUUCAGUUUUUCCACUGUCAUAAGUGCCAGACAACUUCAUCUUGGAGAUGAAGAAACUGCUAAUCUGACUAUGCAAAUUACAUCUGGUGUGAAUAAAUCUACCUGCCUCACCAUUAGUGCUCCUGCGCACCUUCUGCCUACGAGUCUGCCCCCUCCACAAUGCCUUACAUCAGAGAAAAAUAUUACAACUACUUUUGUGGUUGCAAGCAAUCAGUUGCCCAAAGCAUCACAAACCUGCUUCAGUCUCCAUUCAAAGGAUGACCCUACGCUAGUAACCAUGCUAACAAAGGAAGAACAAAGAGUAGCAGUGCGACAUUUACUGGAAGUUAGUGUGUGUCUGCUUGGAGUUUGCUUGAUACUUUGUGUAGCUGCAAGUCUGAUCAAUUCAAACACAGCCAUGAGCCCUUGAUUGGUAAUGAAACAUCCAUCUUCUGCUAUAAGGAAAUCAUUUGGUGACUAAAAGUAGUGGAAAAACGUUGUUUUGUCACUAUGUUUGAAGCAACAUCAAAUCACCAUCCAUCUAUCAAUUUUCUGAACAUGCUGAAUCCCUUUCGAUGACACAAAGUUGCUGGAGCCAACCUCUGUUGGGUACAUUUUUCCAAUCCGUUGCAGGACCACGCACUUGGGCCAUUGUAGAGACACCAAUUAGCAUAUGAGGAACGUUUUUGGUCUGUGGGAGGAUGCUAUAUUUAACCCAAGCACGCACAGAGAGAACUCCUCACAGAAAGGUACCGGCUGCAAUAGGAACCAGCCUUUUCGCUGUGAGGCGAGAGCACUAACCACUGCACCCCUACAUCAGCUCUUCAUAAGAAAAAUAAAAAUGCAGCAGUUUGGCUUUGUGAAGACUAGUGCUCAUAUUUUGAAAAGAAAAUAAAUGUUGGUCUUUGGUAGUUGAAUUGAUUAGUUUGGUGUCUCCUGAACCAGCGCUGCUCCAGUCCGUAACUAUCCAGGUGUACAAAUGCACACACUAUAAACAUGGUUGUCUAAACUAGGAUCAACCAAUCCUCUAAAUUGAAAACCCAAUCUAUCUUUUUGGAUCAAUCUUAACCUCUAUCAUACAACUACCAAUUCUUUCCUUGUGUAUUUCAUGAAGUUAAAGGUAAGCAAAGCAUUUUUUAAAACUCACUUAUUUUAAGAAAUUUUUUAUACAUGUUAGCUUUUUGUACAUAAAGAAAAAAAAAAUGCUGCUAAUUACUUAAAAAUUAUUACCAUAAAAAAUAAUGUUGCAAGUGUCUGUACUGUAUGUUGUUUUCCACUCACUCUGUGCUUUAUUAUUCUGCUUUUGCUUUUUUCCCUUUUUAAAUAUGCAUUUUCAGAUGUGAGGAAAAAAAGAAAAGAUAAAUCAGAUAAACAUUUAAAAAGCAUUUAGUACAUUGGUGGAAAAUCUAGAUGUGUUUAUAUAUUGUUUUCAUUUGUUUGUUUUCCCUUUGCAAAAAGUAGUACAGCCAAAGCAUUUUUUUAUUAAGUAUAGAAAGUACACUAUAGUAUAGACUAUGUAGUACAUGUAGUGUAGGAAAUAGGAAGUCUGCUAACUGAAUACUUCUUCAGACUAAAUUAAAAGGAUUUUAAGUAUACAAACCAGUAGAUAGUAUUUAAACAGUGAACUUCAAGUAUACUGCCUCACAUUUAGUAUAGACUGAGUAUACUUGAAUAACACUAAAAUGAAAUACUUUUUGCUAAGGGUCUUGUUUUUAUUUGAUUACAGGGUAUCUGUCUUUGAUGUUUACCUAAAAACUCAUACAAUUAAUAACUUUAAAACUCUGGUUAUUAUAGGCUCUAGCUUCUAAUUUAAAGUCGACAUGUCCAAAGUCUGGGUUUAAUUUCCAUGAGACCGCAAGCUCCAGUCAUAAAAUGAACAAUACACAGCCCCAUUUUUUAUGUAUGUUUUAUUGAUUGUUUGUGGCUAAUAUGUUAUAAACUGUUGUAAACCUGUGCCAACUUGGCUUUAAGAGCCUCAAGGACCAAAUGAGAAGAAACGUUUUAUUUGUUUGUCUGAAUAAGAUUACCAUUUGUGUUAUUUUUCUGUUAGCAUUUUAAAUUUAAAUUUUAACAGGGAGAGUUUAUUGGGAAAUAAUGAAAAAUGUCAUAAGAACCUAUAUUUAUUGUUGGCAAUGUUUUUUUCCUUUUAAGAUUUUUUUUUCUUUCUCGUCUUCAAAUUCGAAAUUCAUUGUAAUUAUUUAAAGUAUUCAAAUGUAUUUAUUUUUUAUGUGAAUAAAUCAACAGAAUGCCAUUGCAAAAUGAUUUAAUAAAAUAGUUCAUUUGCAUUUCA